AUGACGGUCAACGUGCUGUUCGUGUGCUUAGGCAAUAUUUGCCGCAGCCCCGCGGCGGAAGGCGUGUUCAAAGCGAUCGUGCAAAAGUCGCAUGACAGGCCGGAGAAUUUCCACAUAGAUUCUUGUGGCACGGGUGGCGGCAGCUCCAACUGGUACAAACCGAACGGGUCGUCGUACCACCAAGGCGAGAGUUCGGACUCGCGUAUGAAGAAAGAGGCCAAGAAGCGGGGAUACCAUCUCACGAGUCGGUCGCGCCCCCUCGUCGCAGAAGAUCUCCGCUUGUUCGACCACAUCAUUUGCAUGGACAGCAACAACGUUCGCGCUGUCUUGGAGGCGGCCAAGUUCUGGGGACCAGAAUACAUCGCCCUCGCCAAUGCCAAGGUUUCCAAGAUGACAUCGUACUGUGUCACAAACACUGGAGCGGAUCACGUUCCCGACCCUUGGUACGAAGGAGGGUUCGACACCGUGCUGGAUCUGCUCGAAGACGCAUGCGAAGGCCUGUACAGCAAACUCGCGUCGUCCUCUUAA